UUGUUUAUAAUUUACUCAAAUUAAAUGGAAUCUUUGGUCAACUACCGGUAUAGCUUAGUGGCUGGUGCUUGUGCUGCUGGUGGUAGCUUUUUUGGUAAGCUGCCCAGCCACCUCAGCGUCCAGAAGCUGCUGCAUUUUCCAGCUUCAGGCGGAGCUCACUUUUCUGAUUCCUCGUAUCUGGAAUUUGGUUUGCUGAGGCUUCUACCUUUAGUCCUGAUGGUGUUCUGCAAUGUCUGUAAUCUGCGCUGUUUCCUUAAAGCACUGCAAAUGACCGAGCAGACCCUUACCUGCGUUGUUCUGACUGCCGCGUCCAACUAUGUGCUGUCUUUUAUUUUAGGCGUGCUGGUAUACCAAGAGCCACUCACUGCACUGUCUGGCGUUGGAAUCACGCUAAUAUUGGCUGGUCUUUGGUUUCUUUGUGAUGCCGGAGCAGGGGAGAGCUGUAAAAAGGAGCCAGAAAAAGAGUCAUAAAGGAGUAGCCAUACAGCCUUAUGGCAAAAACAUGCAAAACAAAAAACGGACUCCAAAUGGCCACCUUGCUUUUUAUUUGAAUUAUAUCGGUACCACAUCGCCGCGAGCUUUUGUCAGACAUCAUCUAUAUACUCGAUAUGCCGUUUCCUAUCGAUAGGGCGCUUGUUCGUUUGCAGCACUGGUUAUCAAAAAACAUAAACAACGGCGAAUUUCACAAUUUUAUUGGGCCAUCAAUUUAAAUAACAAAGGCGAGUCCUUAC